UGAAGGAUCUGAUUUAAAUUUUCCCGGCCCAUAAAGAUUAGCAGACACUUGAAAGUUGGACAUUUGGCGGGCGGCCUAAUCGGAUUUCAUUGCCGCCGAACACGAAUUCUCGGCCGGCAAAUACAAUGGAGGAAGAUAUCUUCGACUCAUCUCUGAAUCUAGAGGACACGCAUUACAAGCAAGGAUACUCCGACGGUUACGCCGACGGUCAAGCUUCCGGCGUAGAGGAAGGCCGCCAGGUGGGUCUCAAAACCGGGUUUGAAGUCGGAUUCGAAUUGGGCUUCUACAGAGGCUGUAUCGACGCCUGGAACUCCGCAAUUCUGCUCGAUCCGACUUGUUUCUCGCCUCGAGUGCAGAAAAACAUCGCGCAGAUGGAUGAAUUGAUCCGGAAGUACCCUAUAGCGGAUCCGGAAAACGAAUCCGUUACUGAUAUCAUGGACUCUUUGAGGAUGAAGUUCCGAGCUAUCUGUGCCACACUGAACGUGAAGUUGGAGUAUGAGGGUUACCCUAGGGCUUCCGGUGUUGAGAAUACUGGAUUUUGAGGGUUUCAAGCCUAAAGCUGUAACUUUAUUCGCAAUGGAAA